GUGAGUUUGUUGCCUAAUGUAGACAUCUAUUAAUUUGUCCUUCCAACAUUUUCUCUUUAAUUUGCUUUUUAUUCAUAUGUACGCCUAACUAUUUUCUGCCACGUCAGUGCCAGAACUAUGUUGUUUUUUCUCAGGUUACCAUUUAGAAUUUUCGGACCGUACAAUCAGCUUUUCUACUCUGGAAAUAUCACGGUUUAAAAUGCAAUAUUGCAUUGUUAAUUGCUGUCCUUUACAAGCUAUUCCAAAAUUUAAGAUUUCCUCACACCAGGCCUAUUUGGAUAGGCUGUUAUUUCGGUAUGACACACUCGUCACCCUGUUCUGUCAAUUCCCUAGCUUUUGAAAGUAAGUUCCACACUGAUCAACUGGUAUCAACUUCAGAAUUAAAUGAGAGCAUAUGAUGCAUUGAAGUGUUUUUAGAAUGUAGGGUCAGUUUAUUCAAACGAAAUGGCAUUCACUAUUUUUUUUGCCCUUCGAUUGUUGUUUGGUGUCUCUGCCCCUUUAAGAGCGGUUGUUUGUGGCUGCCUCAACCAAUGGCUGUCUUUCCCCUCUCAAGGAAGGCUGCUGUGAAACGUGAGUCUGUGGCUGUUUUAAAGGGAUUAUCCUUCCCACCUAUAGCCCCCAUCUCCUCGGCCCUUGUUAGCAUAUCACGUGCUCGUGUCUUAAUGAACUGAGCGCACAGGUCUUUGCGCGCGCAUGCGCCCCGGUGGCAUGUCGUUGGAAAUGAGGGAUCUGUCUUGGAGUGGUCGAGUUUUUAAAAGCAUAGGCAGUCCAUGAUAUGACGACUUCACUGGUCUUGCAUCCACGCUGGGCAGACACCUACAUGUACGUUUAUGAAAAAAGCCCGAAUGAAAACACUCAGAAUAAAACCCAAGCCAUGGAGGGACUAAGCGGGAACUGUCCUGCCACCCACUGCAGGGACCUCAUCUCACACCCUGGGCUGGGACGACAUUCUGGUACCAUAGCGACUCACCAGGGAUCCGUCUACUCGGAUAUAUCUUCUCCUGACAGCGGCCGGCAAUGCCCCGGCGCACAGACUUCCUCUAGCGCCUCUCUUGGGUACGGCUACCCAUUUGGAAACCCUUACUACGGGUGCCGACUCUCUCAUUCGCACAAUGUGAACUUGCAGCAGAAGCCUUGCUCGUAUCACCCAGCAGAGAAAUAUGUCGAGCCCAGCGCCGCGCUGCCCUCGGAGGAGCUCUCAAGCCGGGCAAAAGAAUUCGCGUUUUACCCUAGCUUUGCCAGUUCUUACCAAGCGGUGCCAGGAUACUUGGACAUGUCAGUGGUGCCCGGCAUUAGCACACAUCCAGAGCCACGGCAUGACGCACUGAUCCCCAUGGAGGGAUACCAGCACUGGGCGCUCUCCAAUGGUUGGGACGGUCAGGUAUAUUGUUCGAAGGAACAAACACAGUCGACCCAUCUUUGGAAGUCCCCCUUUCCAGAUGUUGUCCCUCUGCAGCCGGAGGUGAGCAGCUACCGACGGGGUCGCAAGAAGCGCGUCCCUUACACCAAGGUACAACUAAAGGAACUAGAGAAGGAGUACGCGGCCAGCAAAUUCAUCACCAAAGACAAGAGAAGACGUAUCUCCGCCACCACCAAUCUCUCCGAGCGCCAAGUCACCAUCUGGUUCCAGAACCGACGAGUAAAGGAAAAGAAAUUCGUCGGUAAAUCUAAGACAAAUAAUCACAUGCACACCACCUGAUGAAUGGCCGAAGGAGAUGGCCAACAACCAAUAUGCUCACUCUGCGAUCUAAACAUCCGAACUGUAUCAUUUGGUUUCUGAGUCCUGUAGGAGGAACACUUGAGACAAGUUCCCUCGCCCGGUCUCAUGAAUUCUUUAUUUAAUUUCAAAUCAGUGCACACCACAUUCUUCAUAAGUGUAUGGCUUAAACUGUGAAAAUAUUUGUCAUGUCAAACUCUUUUUCUAUGAAUGUACAUAUAUAAAUAUAUAAUAAUUUAAGUUUCUGAAAGACAAUUUAAUCGUGUUUUCAUGUGAACAUUACAAAUUCAUGUGAUGAUAUUCCACCGAUGAAGCCUACAUACAUUGUCUUGUGCGCACACCCAGAACACACCAGCAAUAUGGGUUCACAAAUUAACAAAUCAAAAUGGAAGCAUACGUUUGAUGUCAGAAAAAAAAAUGAAAUUAAGUAGCCAGUGUGUAUAUGCUUCGACCUUUUGGGGCAAACGACUUGAAUAAAUAGGCUACUUGCAGGCGGACUGCACCGGAAAUGGAAACAAUACUGCGGUCCAUACAAGGAUGUCGAACAGUUGCUGCAGGACUGCAUGGCAUUUUGAUUUUCGGCACAGAAGAAAAAUAAUCACAAUCGAGCAGGGAAACUCAAUGUUUUCCUUGCCUACGGUACAUACGGGCUGCUAGUGCUGGCAUGUACAGUGCAAUGCCUCUUAUUUAAUCCAUGUCCUCGAAUGACCGGGCUGUUUGUUGGAAUGUGUAAAUUUUAGUUUUUGUUUUUAUGUCUGUUCCCACAAGUGAAGGGGGUGUGCCAUGCAACUGGAAUGAUUGUAAAGCAAAGUAUUACAUAAUAAUGCACAAACCUUUUUCUGGAAUAUAUAUAUACAGAGUAACGCUUUGGUUGUUUGUUUUGUUCACAUGACUUGUAAGCAUUCUCUUCUACCUGUCGUGUAGUAUGUGAACUGUAAGCCCAUUGUGGUGUGUUUGAUCGUUAACGUGCUGAAGAGACAAAUGUUUGUUAAAUAAAUAAUGGCUUAAACAUCCUUUGCAUUUCGUCGGAUAAGUCAUGGUGGUUUGAUUGACUCUUGUCUCUAAAUGGUGUGUGCAUGGCUACGUGUCGCGUUAACCAACCACGAUGGUUUCUCGCCUGUCUUCGGUCAUUCGUAAUGGGUAAAAAGAAUAGACAUUUGAUCAUUCUGCACAUCCUGAAUCCUGAUAUGUAAGUAUCGUCCUACACCUGCUUCAAAGACAAACAAUGAGGAAAAAUGGAUAUCUUCAGAAAGACUGUACACAUUUUUCGGACUUUGGACACGCACACGGGUCCAUGUAUUAUAGUGUGGCAUAUAGUUAAUGUUUAGCGUUGAUAAAAUGUAAGCCGCUUUGUUGUAAUGCAUCCCUGUUCAGAAAAAAGGUAGGGUAGCAGAUUGUGUACCAUUAUUAUGAGUGUGAAUAUCAGACCUGAUUCUCGUCAGUGAGCGUUGAUGAGUGGGUUGCUUCUUUCUUUGUACAUGAAUGCAUAGUUAUUUUUGUAAUAUAUUUCGAUAUUCAGCUCAUCAAAGGCGAGGAAUUCAGAAAAUAUAGGCUAUUUAUAAUGGCGUACGUUUCAAUACAAUUAACUUCUGAGUUGUUGGCUUUUUGAACUAGCCUAUAUUGUUGUGCGGGUAGUCUCUCUAUUUGCACGGCAUUACUUGUAAAUCAUAUUAAAGUAAUCCCAUUGCUUACUGCUCUAAUGGUUUGCGCAUGUCCAACAAUUGCGCAGGCAUGUUUUUGCUGAUGUUGGCGUGGCUAUUCUUCCGGGGAGAUAAAACUGAGCUCUUUGGCGAGGCCUUUUACCACGUCUCCAAAUUCUCCGUUUCUCUUAUUGGCUUUGUUUGCCAAGUUAUGGUUAUAUGUAACCCAAUG